AUUCUAAUGCGCUAUAGUAUAUACUGAUAGGCUCCAAGAUACUGGAAUUUUACUGAUCUUUAAUUCGCUUUAUGAAUGCGAAAUAACUAUAAUAGCGCCAGUAAUAUAUACAUUAGUUUCGUUUUAAGAACAUACUUGGCCAUUUUUUAGAAAGCCUACAAUUUUUCCGGCUUUUUUUACUAGGCGUAUAUGUAGGUAAAUGUAAUCUAGCACUCAGCUGCGUCGAAUGCCGCUUAUGUUUAAUAGACGUAUGUAAGUCGUACCUAAGCGGCAGAGGCAAUUCUUAACAGGGAAGCUAGGGUUAAUUGAUAAUUUAGGGUUGGAUAAGCCCCCCCCGCCCCCCUCAUUGAUAUUAAAGAUAUCUUAUGGUUGGGCACACACUUUGUUUCGUGCUGGGAGCCAGCCGUCUGAUGGAAUACCGGACGUAAAACUACAGAAGGCUCAACAAGCCAAUAAAUUGUGAUACAUUUGUGUUAAAUAGACCCAGAUUUAUGUGUUUAGUACUGUUGUUAUUAAUGGGGCGAAGGUGCCACAGCGGUAAAAUUUAAGUAACCCACCUUUUACGAAAGACGUGUUGAUCAAUGUUUGAUUUAAAAAAUGAUCAAAAUAUGUAAAUAGUAUAUAUGUGAUACAUGCAAUGCGCUUCCUUUUCCAUUUUCGCGAACAGACAAUUAUUUCUUACUGAACCUUACAAUACUCGGCUUUCUUUAUUAUUCGAAUGAAGAAAUUGGUCAAACUAAGAUGACCACAAGUAAGUUCUAAAGGAAAAUGCUGCCCCUACUCUAAAACAUGAAAAAUAAUGAAAGCACCGAUAUAUUGUUAAACAUUUCAGCCUAAAAGCAACAAAAAUCAUAGAAACGGGAUAGAGUGUUGUAAAAACAUAAUUAUAUCAAGAGUUGAUGCCAUCGUAAAUGUGAGAAUCAAUCGAAUAUAUCAAAAAACGAAUUAUUUUUUUGAGUUGCGCUUGAUCCAUUGAGAUAACUCCUGAGCUAAUACAUCUGAGCUAACCUACAUUCUUAGUGUCCUUUUGUUAUUAACUUGCUAGGUAAUACUUGAAAUAGACGUUUGUUUGACCUCUCCAAAAAUAUGCAAAAAGUAAUCGACUGACAUGGGAUACAAGGUUUUAAUUUGCAAUGAGAGAAAAUAGGUUUUUCUACAAAUGCGCACUUUUCCUUGUUUUAUAUAUUAUAACAAUUUUACUAAGAAUAAGCAAUAAUGGCAGGUUUACAUUACAUCAUAAUAAUAGUAAUAAUGCCGAUAAUAGCAGGUCUCCAGUGUAAUCUAGUGAAUGAGCUAUAAACGUAAAACAGAUUUUAUUCCGAUCUCUGUUUCACAAGUUGUUGGCCAAUGAUCCUGUUCGAUCCAUUUAGUAUGAAAAGGCUCUUUUUAAUGAUACUGUAGAAAUAAGAGAUCUAACAUUACCUAGAAAGGUACACAUGUGCAUUUUACGUGUAAUUUCAAGUCUUUUCGUUGAGAGCUUAUUAUUGCUCUGCACAUCAUAACACAGAGUCAGCUUUAUUCAAGCCACAAAGCCUGUUACGUAUUUCAUACCUAAUAUCAAACACAUCCGUCGUAUAAGCUUCGGAAAACAACUUUGUAUUCCUGCGGAGGAGUCGACCUUCUGCGAACGGCUCGAACGCGUGCAGCGGCGACGUUGUUAUACUAAGCAGUGUGCAAAUGAGCACAAAAUAUUCCAUCGGCGCUUAAGAAUGUCAACUGAGUCUACGAAGACGCUGGGAGAAACUGUGGAUACGCUAACUUUGAACUUCGAAGAACUUGAAAUUAAGCAUAAAAAAGAACGUAAGGACCUUCAAGCAAGCAUAAUGCAACUUAAAAAAGCAGUGCCAAAGGGUGAUAAGAAACGUUUAAAAGAAACGCAGCAACGUAUAACUCAGAUGGAAGCUGAUUUUGAGAAAAAAUGCCAGGAGGAAAUACAGCAGAUCCAAGCUCAAGAGAAAAUUAACUGCCCAACUGGUCCUGCCGAAAAUGGCGAUGUUGAGGACGGCGAUGAAGACGUCUAUAAUGGAGGUGAUACAGGCGUGCGUAAAAUCUCCAAAGCUGAAAAGAGACGGGAGAAAAAAAGGCUUAUGGAAUUGGAACGGAAUCGUCGAAUUGCAGAGGAAGAAAAACAAAGUGAGGGUCGACCGCGAGCCAUUGAAGAUCAACUUCUUAAAAAAAAAUUGGCUGAGAAAAAAAUGCGUAUCCAUCAGAUUGCCGCUGAUGGAAACUGCCUUUUCAGUGCUGUUGCUCACCAGCUUUUGACGCGGUACGGUGAGACUAUAUCUGUUAUGGAGGUGCGGCGCAGAUGUGUUCAUCACUUACGCCAAAAUCGUGAGGAUUUUGAACCGUUCCUUGAGGAAUCAGUGGAUUUCGACGAAUAUUGCUCUAAGAUGGAGACUGACCCAUCACGAUGGGGAGGCAAUCUUGAGUUACGGGCAAUUAGUCAGGAAAUGGAACUUCUGAUCACCGUGUACCAAGCGCAGGCACCUCCCUUUGAAUUUGGAAAUGGUCCUGAUACUGAAAGCAAUAGCGAAAAACGCCACUUGCGCCUCAGUUACCACCAUCAUCUAAUUUGGACUGGUGCACACUAUAAUUCAGUCGUUGACAUGCGACCCGAUGAAACUGACGGAGAGUCUGUUAGCUAAGAGCGACACGAAUCAAAUAAUGGGACAGCAAUCGUAACAACUGACUCGUUCGAAUUAUGAUACAAGUCAUCUAGAGCUAACUUACUUACCUCGCGUGAGAUGUUUGCCGUUGAAUGAUAUUCUCAACAGCUGGGUAUCUCAUACUUAUGCCUCAAAGCAGUGUCCCAAACGGGUUCUGUUUGUCACGAUCAAAAGCAUACUGACACCAUUUUUGUUACUAAAACGAAUAUUAUACAAUAUUUGCCAUGUUACAGCGUUAACUAACAAAAACGCUGAAGCAGUUACGAACAUGUGGCAUAAGCUGCUCGGUUUGUUGCGAUGUAUAGGCAGAAAAUUUUGCCAAUGUAUGAUAUAUAAAGCAGCCUACUAAUUUAAGGUUUUUUUUUUAUA